GCGCGCAGACGGAACGCUGGGCCGGGGGCCGCGGCGCAGGCCGCCCUUAUUUGCCCGGGGACCGCGGCGCCCGGGCUCCGUGCGCGACCGCUUCUCUGCUCGUUUGCUCUCGGGGCUCCUGCGACCGAACCGACGGAUUCACAGCCAUGUCGGGGUUCAGCCCGGAGCUCAUCGACUACCUGGAGGGGAAAAUUUCCUUUGAGGAGUUCGAGAGGCGACGAGAAGAGCGGAAAACCCGCGAGAAGAAAGAAAAAGCCAAGUUGCCAGCUGAAGAGCAUCGGAAGGACUCUGAAGUCCCAUCGUCCUCUGGGGUUGACUCGGCAAAACUACAGGACAGUGAAGGGGAAACAUCAGAUGGAGUGAGUAAGUCAGUUCACAAGGUCUUUGCUUCCAUGCUUGGAGAGAAUGAAGAUGAGGAAGAGGAAGAGGAUGAGGAGGAAGAGGAGGAGGAGGAAGAAACACCUGAGCAACCCACAGCAGGCGAUGUAUUUGUGUUGGAGAUGGUUCUGAAUCGUGAAACCAAGAAAAUGAUGAAAGAGAAGAGGCCUCGGAGUAAACUUCCCAGAGCUCUGAGAGGUCUCAUGGGAGAAGCCAAUAUUCGCUUCGCUCGAGGAGAGCAUCAGGAGGCAGUGCUGAUGUGCAUGGAAAUCAUAAGACAAGCUCCUCUGGCUUAUGAGCCAUUCUCUACUCUUGCCAUGAUAUAUGAAGACCAAGGUGACAUGGACAGAUCACUGCAGUUUGAGUUGAUUGCUGCACAUUUAAAUCCCAGCGACACAGAGGAAUGGGUUAGAUUGGCAGAAAUGUCUCUGGAACGAGACAAUAUCAAGCAGGCUAGUUUUUGCUAUACAAAAGCUCUUAAAUAUGACCCUACUAAUAUCCGUUACCUGUGGGAGCGAUCAAGUCUUUAUGAACAGAUGGGUGAUCAUAAAAUGGCCAUGGAUGGUUAUAGGCGUAUUUUAAAUCUUUUGUCUCCAUCGGAUGGAGAGCGUUUUAUGCAAUUGGCUAGAGAUAUGGCAAAGAGUUACUACGAAGCCAAUGAUGUUACUUCAGCUAUUAAUGUAAUUGAAGAAGCUUUCUCAAAACACCAGGGGCUUGUCUCCAUGGAAGAUGUUAACAUAGCAGCUGAACUGUAUAUUUCUAACAAGCAGUAUGACAAAGCUUUAGAGGUCAUUACCGAUUUUUCUGGAAUUACACUGGAAAAGAAAAUUGCAGAAGAUGGUACCUUGGAAGAGAAUAAAGAUGGUGAGAAUGUUAUCUACACUAUACCUGAUGGUGUGCCAAUAGACAUCACAGUGAAGCUGAUGGUCUGCCUUGUACAUCUCAAUAUCUUUGAGCCACUUAAUCCGCUCCUGACAACCCUGGUGGAACAGAAUCCUGAGGAUAUGGGAGACCUGUAUCUAGACGUUGCUGAAGCCUUCCUGGACGUGGGUGAAUACAGUUCUGCACUACCUCUCCUCAGUGCACUAGUUUGCUCUGAAAGAUACAACCUUGCUGUGGUUUGGCUUCGGCACGCAGAAUGUUUGAAGGCUUUGGGUUACAUGGAACGUGCUGCCGAAAGCUAUGGCAAAGUCGUUGAUCUGGCGCCCCUCCACUUGGACGCACGAAUCUCGCUUUCUACCCUUCAGCAGCAGCUGGGCCGUCCUGAGAAAGCUCUAGAAGCUUUGGAACCAAUGUAUGAUCCAGAUACUUUGGCACAGGAUGCAAAUGCUGCACAGCAGGAGCUGAAAUUAUUGCUUCAUCGUUCAACUCUGUUGUUUUCACAAGGCAAAAUAUAUGGUUAUGUGGAUGCCUUACUUACCAUGUUAGCCAUGCUUUUAAAGGUAGCAAUGAAUAGAGCUCAGGUCUGCUUGAUAUCGAGUUCCAAAUCUGGAGAGAGGCAUCUCUACCUCAUUAAAGUAUCGAGAGACAAAAUAUCAGACAGCAACGAGCAAGAGACAGCCAACUGCGAUGCAAAAGCAAUAUUUGCUGUACUCACAAACGUCCUGACAAAAGAUGACUGGUGGAACCUUUUGUUGAAGGCCAUAUACUCCUUAUGUGACCUAUCCCGAUUUCAAGAGGCUGAGUUACUUGUAGAUUCUUCAUUGGAAUAUUAUUCAUUUUAUGAUGACAGGCAAAAACGCAAAGAACUAGAAUAUUUUGGUCUAUCUGCUGCAAUUCUGGACAAAAAUUUCAGAAAAGCAUACAACUAUAUCAGGAUAAUGGUAAUGGAAAAUGUUAAUAAGCCCCAGCUCUGGAACAUAUUCAAUCAAGUUACCAUGCACUCCCAAGAUGUACGGCAUCAUCGCUUCUGUCUCCGUUUAAUGUUGAAAAACCCAGAUAAUCAUGCCCUGUGUGUCUUAAAUGGGCACAAUGCAUUUGUAUCUGGAAGCUUUAAGCAUGCACUUGGACAGUACGCGCAGGCUUUUCGCACCGAUCCCAAUGAACCUCUGUAUAGCCUUUGCAUAGGCCUAACCUUCAUCCAUAUGGCAUCUCAGAAGUGUGUGCUAAGACGGCAUGCUCUGAUCGUGCAGGGGUUUUCCUUUCUUAAUCGUUACCUUAGUAUCCGUGGACCCUGCCAGGAAUCAUUCUACAAUUUAGGCCGUGGCCUUCAUCAGCUGGGGCUGAUGCACCUUGCAAUCCACUACUACCAGAGGGCCCUGGAAUUCCCUCCACUUGUGGUAGAGGGUAUGGAAGCUGACCAGUUAGACUUACGGAGAGAUAUUGCCUACAACCUGUCCCUUAUUUACCAGAGCAGCGGGAACACUGUGAUGGCUCGGAAGCUUUUGUACACUUACUGUUCUAUAUGAAGACCCUCGGCUGGAAAAGGAACAUUGGCAGCUGCUGGAGGUGGACCAGCAUCUUCCGUCUCAGGGCUUAGGAGUCUUAUUGUCUCCAAAAGGGAGACAACCUGCAGUGUUUGCUAACUGUACUUCAUUUUUUAUAUGUGAUAGUGGUGUUUGCUGAUGUUCAAACUGAUCAUUCCUACAAGAACGUGCAUAUUAUAAUUUUCCUUUAGUAUCUUAUGGUAACAUUGUCCCCUGUACUGAAAUGGACAGUAUUAGUCUUUGGCCCAGCUUGAUGUUGGAAAUACUACUAUUUAAUAUAUACUCAUCUGCAUUUAAUACUGUUAAAUACCUACAAUGUAGUAGGCAGUUUGACAGGUGGUGGGAUGAUGGCAGUAAGACAGCUAGGUCUUGUCUUUAUAGUACUUAAAAAUACAUUACUGAUUUGGCAAUAAUUUACCACCCCAUGUAAGUUUUUUACAUACACAAACAUGUUUACUCGCUUGGGAUGUUUAUGGCAUUUCCACAACCUGCUUCAUUGCUGUCAGUCAUCCUUUCAUAGAGCCUAGUUACAUGAAACGUCUCGUCAGUGUGGCACAGGUGACUGCUUACUAAAGGAAAAACAUUGAAACUCUAGCAGGGCAAGACAAUUACCUGUUAAAUUAUUUAAACUGGCUAGAGGGCGGCAGGACAAUUGAUUUAAUCAUUUAGUUUUCACUUGCACAUAGCUACAUAGGCCAAGAGACUUGGGAGGCUGGGCUUAAUUCAAAAUACACUUUGCUGAGGCCAGUUCAAAAAUGUAUUUUGACAACAGUGGAAAGGAGUAUCAUGUUCAGGAAUAUAACAUGGUUUUAAUUUCAAGGUCACCAGGCAUGUAGACAAGACUGGGAGAACUGUGUGGAACAAAGCAUUGCUGAUACAGUCAACACAAAGCAUUAUUCAUCUGACAUACUUUGUUCUUGAAUUUAAGAUAAAUUUGUAACAGCCUUUUAGGGGAAGCAAAUAUUUAACAAAUGUGCAUAUGCACUGUAAGACCCAGCCCUACUGGGGGAGGGAAAUAAGAGACUUAAGAUUAAAGAAAUACAAUGAGUUUUUAAGAAUUCUUACCACUGUUUAUAUGUAACUUACUGGUGGAAAAGCAAAAUUUAUAUGUAAUAAGUAAAUGUAAAUUUUAUUUUUAUAAUCAA